CACGCAUAGCCACUUGGGAGACCUGCUUCACGACUGCCUCUCAGGUUUUAUGUGCAGUAAUUUCCUUUCUACCAGUGCUAGUACCAGCUUAGCCCCUUAACCCAGUAAAGCGUAUACAUAAAUGGCGGCUCCAACAUUCAUUUUGCCACUCUCUGCCGCAGCAAGCAAAGCAAAUAUCCGUCAAAAUCUUGAAACUCAAAGCUUAUAUAUAAAUACAGGUGCCCCUUCCUGUUCACUGACUUCUCUUUAUAGCUAGAGCUCUCCGUUUAUUUCGUUCAGUCAUUUUCACAAACAGUUUGUGUUCCGUUUGAAAGUUCUGUCCACCUGUAGAAUGCAAGGAAUCAGAACCAUAAGAUGUAACCUGUCGAGAUUUGUAAUUCUAGCUCGAACCCAUUUGAUUUUUUCACAUUUUGAACCAACCCACUUUGCAAAUCUAACCGUUGAGAGGCCACUGAGUUCGAAAUUUUCAACUGCUUUCUAUUCUUUCUCCACUUCAAGUCUUGAAACCCCAAUCACCCCAAAGCAUCUCAAAGAACCAGAAGAAUGUUCUAGUGAUAAUGACGAUAAUGGCAGUGAUAUGGAAAAUGACGAAGACGACGACGAUGUUAGAGGGUUGAAUUUAAGCGAUGAUGGUCUUUUUCAGGAUGCGAAGACCAUUGUGAAUAUAUUACAAGAAUCGAGUGACAAUCUUGUGGAAAUGAAGAGCAAGAUUGAGCAAUGUGGGGUUAAGGUCUCACAAGAAUUGGUCUUGGAGGUGCUUUCUAGGGUACGAAAUGAUUGGGAGGCGGCGUUUACUUUCUUCUUGUGGGCAGCUAGGCAGCCAGGUUAUGCUCAUUCUGUACGUGAAUAUCAUUCCAUGAUUUCUAUUCUUGGUAAAAUGCGAAAGUUUGAUACAGCGUGGGUGUUGAUUGAUGAGAUGAGAGGAGUUAAGACCGGUGUAUCACUGGUGACUCCACAGACUUUGUUGAUCAUGAUUAGGAAAUACUGUGCGGUGCACGAUGUUGGUCGGGCUAUAAACACAUUUUAUGCCUACAAAAGAUUUAAAUUUGAUAUGGGGAUUGAGGAGUUUCAGAGUCUUUUGUCAGCCCUUUGUCGGUAUAAGAAUGUGCAAGAUGCUGAGCAGUUGAUGUAUUGCAAUAAAGCUGUAUUUCCGCUUAACACGAAGAGUUUUAACAUUGUGCUGAAUGGUUGGUGUAAUUUGAUUGGUAGUCCUCGUGAAUCAGAGCGAGUGUGGAGGGAGAUGAGCAGGAGGGGUAUUCGAUUUGAUGUUGUGUCGUAUGCUAGUAUGCUGUCUUGCUAUUCGAAGGCUGGUAGUCUUUAUAGAGUGCUCAGGCUCUACAAACAGAUGAAGAAAUUUGGGAUUGAACCAGAUAGGAAAGUUUAUAAUGCGGUCAUCCAUGCUCUUGCUAAGGGUAGGCUUGUGAAUGAAGCUUUCAACCUCAUGAAAACAAUGGAGGAGAAGGGUGUUGCUCCUAACAUUGUCACAUACAAUUCACUAAUUAAACCUUUAUGUAGGGCAAGGAAAGUAGAAGAGGCUAAAGGGGUAUUUGAUGACAUGUUAAAGCGCUGCAUAUCUCCAACCAUACGCACUUAUCAUGCUUUCUUUCGCAUUUUAAGGACAGGGGAAGAAGUGUUUGCUCUCUUGGAGAAGAUGAGAAAGAUGGGAUGUCAACCAAUUAAUGAUACCUACAUAAUGUUAAUUAGGAAAUUUUGCCGGUGGCGUCAGCUUCAGAAUGUUUUUAAGUUGUGGGAUGAAAUGAGUGAGAAUGGAAUCAGUCCUGAUCGUAGCUCAUAUAUUGUGCUUAUUCAUGGUCUCUUCUUGAAUGGUGAAUUGGAUGCAGCCCACAAAUAUUACACAGAAAUGAAGGAAAAGCAGUUAUUACCCGAACCAAAGAUAGAUGAAAUGCUUCAGACCUGGUUGUCUAAUAAGCAAAUAGCAGAGGGUCAGACCACAGAAUCAAGAAGCAAUCAAUGUCAGACCACAGAAUUAAGAAGCAAUCAAUUGGAUUGCAGUCCGUCACACGAGCAAACCAGAGGCAUUCCUAAGAGAAGUCAUGACAGAAAUUUUAUCCGACAAGCUGAAACGAGAAAAGUUGCGAGAGAGCGAGGCUUUUCGUUUUGGGAGCCCUAGGUUCUUGUGCAAUGGGUAAUUUAUGCAGUCAGUGAACCUGCAGCAUCAAGCUUCCAAGGACCUCAGCAACAGUGUAUGCACCAAAAAUAUUGGAAAGCACAUCGUCAAUGCGCACCAUAACAGCAUAGUAUCUGUAAAAUGCUGCAGAAUUUAUCUAUAGGAUUGCAGAUACAUACAUGUCUGUGGUGUGAUUGGAGAACAUCUUAUGUUUUGCAUUAUGGCUUGUUAUUCUCAAUCUUAUAAUAGAAAAGUUUAACAAGAAAAAAAAAAA